UGCUUUAUGAAUGUUUCCAUCUGAAAUCGUACAAUGCGGUUAGGGGUUGACGUCACGUAGCAAAUCCAACAGGUGUAUUGGCUUUGAUGUCCUGACGUCAGACAGAAUGUUGCGAUUCGGGACGAAUAGGACGAUACCAGUCGGACCAUCAACACUGAACACGAACUUCUGCAAACCUCAAGACAAACUUCUCCAUCACCUACCGUUUGUGUUUUCUGCCAACAUUGAGAGGACCAACAACUCCAGAGCCGAGUCAUCUGGACAAAUGCACAAUGGAGAUCCAGCCCAGCGUUAUGGGCGAACUCCCAGUAACAUCUUUAAGAGCCAGUGUCAAGCCCUGCAGACCUGCAAGAGGGAGAACCAGCAGCUGGCAGCAAAAAACUCUGCUCUGAGGAAGGAGCUGGCCAGCCUGAGAAGCAAAUGGGAGGAGGAGAGGGAAUCGCAGAUCAAUGAAAAAACAUACAGUCUGUCAAUUGUUAAAGAACACAUUGGCCACAUGGUCCAGGUUCUAGAGGAUUCAAAAGCCCUGGUAAGGGAGAGUGGCACACAGCUAAGACACAGUGCCUUGAUGAGGAGGGAAAAGCGAGAUGAAAUCCCCAGUUUAAAGUCAAGUGUUCAGGAACAGGAGGCGGAGGCGCAGACGGUUAAAUCCAGGAUCCUGCAGAGAAAGACAGAGUGUCAGAACAAGAUCACCACUCUGGAGGAGAGUCUCACGUUAGAGCAGGAGGCCAGCAGACACAGAAUGGAGGAGCUGCAGAAACACCUCCGAGACACCGAGGAGAAGUUUCUCACAAAGCAGCAGUAUUCCAGAAACAUAGUGACCAGGAUGGAGGAGGAGAUCAAACUCCUCACCCUGAAAAACCAGGAGCUCCAGGAAUUCGCAUUCAUGUCAGAUAAAGACAAAGCAAGGAUGAAGAAGGAGGAGAAGAAAGCAAAGAAGGAGGCAGAGGAGAAGGAGAAGAAGGAGUGGAAAGAGAAGAAGGAGCAGGAGAAGACGGAGAGAGUGGAAAGAGAGAAAGAGGAGAAGAGGGAAAGGAAGGAGAUGAAGAAGAGAGAGAAGGAUGAGAAGAAGAGAAACAAAUAAACCCUUUUCCUUUCUCCCCAAAACCUCCCCAACUCCCCCCUCACCCUUUACCCCCAACCUCCACUUUUCUUGAAAAAUUAUUAAAUGUAAAUAAAUUUUAAUCAUAAUUCAUUCUUAUCCACCUGUUCCCUGGAAUACAUCAAUAUUAUCAAUACAUCUGCUAUUUCAGAUAUGGCUGCAACCUUUUAUACAGCAGAGAAAUACUACUCUCCAGUGGUAAAGGUUUAGUACUGCAUCAACCAGUUGGCCAAGACCUUGGAGUGGUUUGACUUUUCGAAAAGAUCCAAUGUGCUUGAAGAAUUGAUAAGUGAAAUAAUUCACACAGAUGUUAAAUAAACAAAAAUAAAUAAUAACCUUCAAAUAAGUGUUUAUUAGCAGCACCUUUAGAGUUUUGUCUUCUUGCACCUGCUUCAUGGCAUGGCUGCAUGAAAAUUAGUUUCCUGUGCUUGGCUUUAAAUUAAAAACAAAAAGCACAGAACCUGAAAUUAUUGUCUCCCACUUGAAAUGGGAAUACCACAGAAUGAAUCUGUCCUUACAUCUACAUGCUCUCAUAAAAAUGUGGAUCCAUUCCUAGAAUUCACUCAACUCUUAAAAAUUUUCAUUUCAUCAAAAAAUUUGGAAUCCGGAGAGGAAUGCAUCCUGCCAUCAAUAUGGGUAUACAUGGCUUUGCUGUAGAUGCAGAUUAUUGUACUUUUGUUUCACACAUAACUUGACCACAUUACACCUUUUUGAAGAGUUUCAAAUCACUGUCAUUUUUAAAAUGCUGAUAUUAAAAAAAAAGAUAAAAGCACUUAAGUAUGA